AUGGUAUGCUUUGGUAAGAAAAAUCAGGUUAUUAAUAUCGUUCUUCCUCCACAAGCAUCAGAAAGCCCCAUGCAGCUCCUUGAGGGUCGGAAGGUGGUGCGAGUCCAACUGGCAUGCCCCGCAGCACGCUUUUCCGCUUUUCACUCAAAAUAUUCCCGUGUCUCCGUCUCAUGUCCAUUUUCACUAAUAAAUCGUAAUGCUUCCGAUGUGGUCCACGGUCUGGACAAACUGCAUCGAAUUGGGCCAUUCCUUCAAAUACCCAAGUGGAAUGAUACGUGUGAGAAGAUCGUCACGCUCGUGGUCGGCCACCGCAAGAUCCACAUCGUGAAAGCGGUUUCUGACAUUCGGGCUGAUGCUAAUAGUGACUCGAUGUUAGAUGAUGGAAAGCCAAACGUGGAACAGUCCAAUACGAAGUGCUACAUCAAGUCCAUGGAGGGAUCCAGUCUCUAUGUCUUCAUGUGUGCUGCUUGGAGCCACCGUGUUUCAUCUUUACCUACAGAAUUUCCUGCAGCAGUAAACAGUCUCAGUGAAUUUCUACCUUUGGUGUUGUCGUAG